CGCAUAGAGACCAAUGUUAUUUCUGCUGCACGAAAAACAGCUGCUUUUGAUGAAAACAAUCGUGCAGUAUAUUGUCCACCUCAAACUGAUGGUAAAGAGGCAUAAUUUGUGUGUUGAUGACGUUUCGUUCAAGAGUUCUUGAUGCCGGAAGUCCUAAUCUGUGGAUAUCUUUCCAACUUUACCGAAGUCUCAAACGGCUGCACGUCUCUGCUGCAGGAGAGCUGCAUGGAUGGAUGAGUAGGAGCAUGGAAUAGUUCGUUUCUUUUCUUCGAUAUAAUUAAAGAUAUUUGCAGUAAGAAUGGAGAGACGUACGUCGAUCACUGUUGAUAACAUCGCAGGAAACCCCAAAACUUCCCUCAGUGGUCUGAUGGAGUUUUGCGUGGAAUCAGUCACCACCUGCUUCUCUCAUGACGCAGACAAACUUUGCGUCCCCGUCGGCCUCACCUUCCUCUCUGCGCUGCUUUUACUGCUGUCAUGUCUUCUGAUCGUGCGCCAGAGGUGCAAACAUCGGGGAGAGAAUCCAGGAGAAAGCCUCGUUCUCUUCUGCUGCGUCCUGGGUGACCUGUGCGGCGCCGUGGGAGCCAUCCUGUCCAGACAGCUUCACAUUCAGGUUUUAAUGGGGGCUUUUGCUGCUGCUGUGGAUGCUGUGAACUGUAUUCUGUGCUGCUUCCAAGUCUUCCUGUGCUGGAACUCCAAAGCAGAAAGGAGGCUGAGGAUGGUGAGGAGGCGGAGGAGACAGCACCUCCUGGCAGUGUGUGUGCUGAUGGUGGUUGCAGGAGGUUUUCUGAAAGCUGCUCAGCCUCCAGCGUCCGGGCCUCUGAGAGGGAGGAGGCUGCUGCAUGUCCUUCCACAAGGCUCCACCUGGAGUCUGUUGAUGGACAACACUGAAAUCCUGGGUUACGUACUUGGCCUGCUGUCCUUUGUCAUCGCCUGUAGCUCCAGGUUUCCUGCACUCUGCAGAGCAUGCAGAGGACACAUGAUGUCUCGGGCCCACGUUUUCUCUGGACUGUGUUGCUCACUGGCUGGUGUCCUCUACACUGCAGCCAUACUCCUCUAUGACACUCACUCUGGGUUUCUUAUGAGAGUCAUGCCGUGGCUUCUGUCCUCGAUCAGCUGUGCUGCCCUGGAUCUCCUCAUCAUAGUCACCCAUUGUUGCAGGAGACAAACCAGGCAGCAUUCUAUGAGGUUUUCUCCAGACACAGAGAAACUUUUAGGUGUUUCUGGAUUCCCCACUGAAGAUAAUGUCAUUACUAGAUGGAGAAAACAGAACAUUCCUCUAUCAAAAUACUCAAAGACAAAAGAUGUCCAGAAGAUGACUGAGAUGGGGCAUUACAUGGAUGUCCAUGUUCAGCCUACAAGAACAAUGUCUCUGAAGGAUGUGACCUUGUCCAAAGACGGAGUGGAGGAUGAACCUUUCGACAGGAUGGUGCGGGUGAUCAGAGCCGGCAGUUUCUGCUCCACAGAUACAUCCUAUGACUCUUCAGCGAUCAGCUCUGAUCUGGAGUGGGAUGUCGAAGCAGCAAACACACAGUGGAGGGAACCAACAGCCAAACGACAUCAGGGGGAUGAGUUUCCCCUACAGGAGUGGCCAACAAACCCCAAACCCUUCAACGUCUGCAUGUGCUCCGUGCCUGGACUCCCACAGAAAACUCCAGAAGAGGGCGGCCCCGCUGUCAGCUCUGCUAAAUGAACUCUCCUUCCCACAAGUCUGGUGCAGUCAUUUGAGAAUUAAUAAUAAAAAAGAAAAAGAACUGCAAACAUUGA